AUGCCAAACAAAACGCCUUUCCGUGUGUACGAGGAUCCUGAAGACAGGGAAGUACCACAAUGCUGUAAUGGCGAUGGUGUCUGCCCGGUUUGCACUAAAGGAAAUACAGCUCACCGUCGCUGUUCUCCCGAAUGCAAAGGAUGUCUGAAUUGUGGUAGCCUUCUUCGUCAAAAGUUGAAACAGGAGCCGGGUGUAUCAGCUGGUGGCGGUGUUAUGCAUUUCACCAAGUCAGCAUCGACAUCAGAUCUCCUCUUCCAGGUCCCAGCAAACAAUGAAAGCUCGAACGCUACAAAGGCCAGCCAGGCCCAAUCUUUUAGGACUAUGGAUGCGGCCACAUCUUCGUCCUUCUCAAAAAUUUAUGAUGAUGAAAAUGUUACUCCUUCAAAACAAAGAUAUCAAUCGUUAUAUCACUCGUCUACCAAAGGCCUUUUCGAUCAACAAAACAGCUCGGAGGCUUCGGAGCCCGCUAUGCAAACUCACCAACCUUACCACAACAUCAAGAGCCCAUCUUUGACUGGCAGUCAAGAUUCGUUGAUAGCAAUUUCACCUACCAGACCAUUAAGAGAUGAACAACGUAGCCGUAGAGUGUCCAAGGCCGCUUUGCGAACGCAUGCCGAAAAAUUAAGAGCUGCCUUGGCGUGCCCUGUUGAUGAACUUGCCCCAGGAAAGCCCACGUCUUCGAAGAAGGCUCCUCUGAAAAACAAGAUAGAAUCGCUUUGGAGGAAGAUGAAGAAUAUAAUAGACGAGACCGGAGUUGAGUGGAGAAAGACAUUGGAGCAAGAGGAAACCUACUGUUUAUACAGCGAUUGCUUUAGUGGAGUUUGUUGA